UAUAACUCCCCAUUUCUUUCGCUUCUCUCACCGCACUUGCCGUUUUCCUUGGCACUCUGCAUCUCUAAUUUGUUUGGUUUUUCUUUUUGGCUAAUCACUCGCUUUCUGUUUCUCGCAUCUUUAUAUUUUUCUCCGAUUUAUACACAGUCGAAAUCUUUCUCUUUGUGAUUUGCAAAGAAAAGAAAAUGAAGGAAAGUAUGGGCAACCCUCUUCACCUCAAAUCUUUGAACCACAUCUCCCUUGUGUGUAGAUCAGUUGAGGAAUCCAUGAACUUUUAUCAGGAUAUUCUUGGGUUUGUUCCAAUCAGGAGACCUGGAUCAUUUGACUUUAAUGGGGCAUGGUUGUUUGGAUACGGGAUUGGAAUACAUCUCCUGCAAUCGGAGGAUCCAGAGAGUUUGCCCAAGAAAAAGGAAAUCAAUCCCAAGGAUAAUCACAUUUCUUUCCAGUGUGAGAGCAUGGGAGCAGUGGAGAAGAAGCUGAAGGAAAUGGAACUGGAAUACGUCCGGGCAAUAGUGGAAGAAGGUGGAAUCUACGUUGAACAACUCUUCUUCCAUGACCCAGAUGGGUUCAUGAUCGAGAUAUGCAACUGUGAUAACCUACCUGUCGUCCCACUAGCCGGUGAGAUGCCUCGAUCAUGCUCCCGACUUAAUCUGCAACACAUGCAGCGUCAGCAGAUACAGCAAGUGGUUCAGCAAUAGGAACGACGAAACAACCUCAGCCUCUUUCAUUUAAUUAGCUGUUUAUUAAUGGAGAUCACUAGAUAAAACCAAACCACCCACCCUAUCUGCUUUGUUUGUUUCUGUAAUGAUCCCUGUUUAAGUAUGUGGUUGGUUUUUUACUUGUUUUGUAAUAAAGACAAUGCAAUGUGAUCCCAAGGGAAGUGAUCAUUUCAAUUAAUUUAGAAGUGGGUUUCAUA